AUGUCUCGCCAGCCUCCAUCUAAGAAUCCUCAAACCCCUUCACAAUCGUUAUCAAAUGAGCCUAAUCGGCUUCGGGAGGAUUCCCCGAGCACUCCGAGGGCCAUCGGAGAUUGGAUUACCACCACCUCCAAUCACGCCCAACCUUAUUCGCUUGCCGAUCGCCUCUUACGUCAUCCACCCCAAUCAUCCUCAUUACCAUCCUCCGGCUCAGCGGACUUACUCCCAGCUGACUCGAAAACCACCAACGACCAUAGCAGCAGGCCAAGGACCAACCCCAAACCUGCCGCUGACCACCCCAAGUCACUCUGGUCAUCCUUGGUCGACUCGGAGCCUGAUCAAGAAAGCCCACUCGAGCUUGCGACUCCUAGGGGCAACCAAGCAUUUUCAAGUCGAUCGAUCAGUCAACAAAGCAACAGCAGUCAAUCGACCUCAUACGGCAACUCUCUCAGCAGGCCGUUCGAUUCGUCUGCCUCUCUCGAUACUCUCUUUGGUGUUCCGACUACCAAGCUCAGACAUAAUCCCAUGUCUCGGCCCACGAAGGUCGAUAUGCCACCGGCAGCCCAAUUUGGCUCGGACGCUGACGCUCCCAAAAAUGGUCAUGCUCAAUCCACAAAGAGCUCGGUGAUUCGUGACUUCUCAAAAUUCUGCCCGUUCCCCACCCCUGGUCUGAAGGAGAAAAAAUACUUCGCGGAUUAUAAAUCUGUGGAAGAGCAGAGACUCGAAGAGGAUGCUCAGAAAGGUAGACAUUGGAAGAGAUGGGGCCCAUAUCUCUCCGAGCGUCAAUGGGCCACCGUCAGAGAAGAUUAUAGUGCCAAUGGUGAUGCUUGGACUCACUUCCCCCAUGAACACGCCCGUAGUCGAACCUACAGAUGGGGUGAAGAUGGCCUCGGUGGUAUCUGUGACAACCAUGGUCGUCUGGCCCUCUCGUUUGCUCUCUGGAAUGAGAAAGAUCCUAUCUUGAAGGAGCGAUUGUUUGGAGUGACUGGUCAUCAGGGUAAUCACGGGGAAGACGUCAAAGAAAUUUACUACUAUCUAGACUGUUCCCCAACACACUCUUACAUGAAGUAUCUGUACAAGUAUCCUCAACGCGAAUUUCCCUACCAAAAACUUGUCGAAGAGUCCAACAACCGUAGUCGCGAUGUGUCAGAGUUUGAAAUUUUAGAGACGGAUGCUUUCGAUGAUAACAGAUAUUGGGAUGUAUAUGUUGAGUACGCCAAAGACGAAGAAAACGAAAAUGGCAUUUCUGUUCGAAUUGCUGCCUAUAAUCGUGGACCGGACCCAGCGACUCUACACAUAAUUCCCCAAGUCUGGUUUAGGAACACUUGGUCUUGGCCCAAGGAGAGGCCAACCGGAGACCAGAUGCCGUCUAUGAAGGAAUCGACGACCCAGAAGGGCUCCGAUUCUUCGCCUUUCACGGUCGACAUCCAUCAUACUGGGUUGAGAGAAAAUUUUUAUUUCUAUGCCAAUCCUAGUCCCGCACCCGCCUCCGCGCCAAUUCGAGGUCAAGAGGUCAUUGAAACGGAAGAAAUCAAAACGAGACUAACAUCGAACGUUUAUAUGGAGGCCAAUGAUCGGUCGUUUGCGAAAGACGCUUUUCAUGACCACAUCAUUCCGUCCCAUCGCCCCCCAUCCGAUUGUCCAGUCAAACAAGAAACACCCAACGCUCCAGAAGGUACUUCAUCAGCAGGGACUGAGGAUGUGCCUUCCACUCCACGAGAAUAUGUGAAUCCUGAAAAAACGGGCACAAAGGCUGGAGCGCAUUACGUCUUUAAAGACGUCCCUCCACACGGGGGAUGCGCGGUGGUUAGAUUCAAAUUGACAAACCAGACCCUCAGCCAAGAUCCUUCGAUUUCUGAUGAGGAGAAGUUUGAUCAGCACUUGGAAGAUCGUCGACAAGAUGCAGAUGAAUUCUACGCUCGACUGAACCCCGGCGAAGGCUCGGUUCACGGGUUGAGCGAAGAUUUACGGAACAUCAUGCGACAAGCGUUGGCCGGAAUGUUGUGGACUAAGCAAUUUUAUUAUUUCGUCCAGCGUGAAUGGAUCAAUGGUGACCCUGGUCAACCUCCCCCACCACCCGAGCGCAAAUACAUCCGAAAUCGAGAGUGGAAGCACAUGUACAUCGAAGAUAUCCUGUCUAUGCCUGACAAAUGGGAGUAUCCUUUCUUUGCAGCAUGGGACACGGCCUUUCACUGCAUUCCGUUAGCCAUGGUCGAUCCGGCUUACGCUAAAAAUCAAUUGGACAUCAUGACUCGAGAAUGGUACAUGAAGCCUGAUGGUGCUUUACCGGCCUACGAAUGGAACUUCAGCGACGUUAAUCCUCCCGUUCACGCUUGGGCCACCUUCCGAGUUUUCAAGAUUGAGAGGAAGAUGUACGGAAGGGAAGAUUUGCCAUUCUUAGAAAGAGUGUUCCAAAAGCUGUUGUUGAACUUUACCUGGUGGGUCAACCGAAAGGAUGCCAGUGGCCAAAACGUCUUCGAGGGUGGCUUCCUAGGUUUAGAUAACAUUGGGCUCUUCAAUCGCUCAGAGCCCUUACCUACUGGCGGGUCUCUGCGACAAGCAGAUGGAACGGCGUGGAUGGCGUUUUUCGCCCUCAACAUGCUCAACAUGGCACUCGAGCUUGCUAAGCACAAUCCCGUAUACGAAGACAUUGCCUCCAAAUUCUUUGAGCAUUUCUUGUUCAUCUCUGAGGCAAUGACAUUUGGGGAUCCACAUGAUGAACAAUCCAGUCUUUGGAAUGAUGAAGACGGCUUCUAUUAUGAUGCGAUCAGCUGGGGUGUUGGUAAUUCGACGCAACUACCGGUUCGCUCUCUGGUCGGCUUGAUUCCCCUUUACGCCACUUUGACUCUUGAACCAGGGGUGCUCAAGCGCUUCCCGGGGUUCAAGAAAAGAAUGGAUUGGUUUAUUGAGAACCGACCUGAACUAGCUACCAAGGGUAUCAUAGCCAACAUGAGCGGGGUUGGUAAGCAUGAACGUAAGCUGUUGGCUCUGGCCAAUGAGGAUCGACUGAAAAGAAUUUUGGAACGCAUGUUGGACGAGUCCGAGUUUUUCAGUGCUUACGGAAUCCGAUCGUUAUCCUUGUACCAUAAAGAAAACCCUUACAAGAUGCACGUGAACGGAGAAGAAUUUAGUGUGGAUUACUGGCCCGCUGACUCAAAGAGUGGAAUGUUCGGAGGUAAUUCGAAUUGGCGAGGGCCGAUUUGGUUGGCCACUACAUUCUUGCUCAUUGAAAGCCUUCAACGGUUUUAUCAAUAUCAUGGUACCAAUCUCAAGGUAGAAUGUCCCAAGGGUAGCGGUGAUAUGCUUAACUUGGCCGCUGUAGCCGAUGAAAUCCAGCAUCGAAUUAUUCAUAUCUUUGCACGCGACGCGGAAGGGAGAAGAGCCUGUAACGGAGGCUUGGAUAGACUUGACAAGGAUCCUUUUUUCCGCAACCAUGUGUUCUUCCAUGAGUUCUUUCACGCUGAUACGGGUAAAGGCCUUGGUGCCUCCCACCAGACCGGAUGGACAGGCUUGGUUGCCUGGAUGAUCUUCCAAACGGGCAGCACUGCCCGUCUUCCCAGGACUCCGCGAACGCCCCGCUCCUCGGCCGAUCACUAUUUCGCCGAAAGUGUCCCGCCUACUCCUGUAGAGUCUGAGCACAGCUAUGACGAAGCUAAUGGUGGUGCCGGCUCGAGAACUGCCACUGAAGUCAUGGGCGCUGAGUUGUCCCCAGAUGAGCUUUAA